UUUAGGAGCCAAUGAGAGAUAGUUUAGAGAGUUGCUGGUUACACGUGAAAUUUGUUCCAAAGCAAGAAUGAUGGUGGUGUCCGCACACGGGUUGAAAUCUGACAAGACGGGAGUUACUGCUCUAAACUACUAUGUUGCACAGGCGUCUGUUCGGUUACAAGCUCUGAAAAGCAGCAUAAACUUCAAUUCGGAUGAACAUAUAAUUUCAUAAGACGGUUUGCAACUUUAUGGACUGUUAAGUGGAUACAUCCUGGACAAGCGCAGCAGAUAUCUAGGAUAACCUAGGAGUUCACAUGCCCUGCUUUGUCAGACAUCCCUUACAGAUGCACAAAACAGAUGUGAUAUAUACAGUUAUUCUGCUUCAUUAUGAGUAAUGACAAUUUUCAAACACCUGUGAGCUGCGUCACUAGUACUGAGAAGGGAGCAACACAUAAGGAUGAAAGGGAAACCUACAGGGAUGCUUCUCCCGGAAUGACUGACAGCCAGUCUGUCCGUCCUGGGCUGGACAUCUCGACAGUGCCUGAGCCGACACACUCAGACGACACUGAUGCCCAUUCCAGCGGGAAUGACUCGGCCGAGAGGGAGAGCGAAGGACACAUGGGAAGAGACGCAUCCACCUGCAGCUCUCACAAUGGCAAGGGUUCAACCACAGAGACUACGGAAAGCAAGAGCUCAAAUGGAAACAGUCCAUCACCUCCUAGCAGCUCGGUGUCAUACAGUCUUUUGAGUGGCAGCUCGGAGCAGGAUCAUCUGACCUCCCAAGCAGCCAGUGGUGACCAGCCGGCCCGGCUGCAGACUCAGAGAGAGCUGCUGAAUGCCCUGCGUGAGCUAAAGCUCCGCAUGCCGGCGGAACGGCGUAGGAAGGGCCGAUCUAGCACCCUAGCCUCCCUGCAGUAUGCGCUUAGCUGUGUCAAACAAGUGCGGGCUAAUCAAGAGUACUACCAUCAGUGGAGUGUGGAAGAGAGCCAUGGGUGUUGUUUGGACCUGUCAUCGUUUACUAUUGAAGAGCUAGACAACAUUACAUCGGAGUACACCCUUCAAAACACGGACACUUUCUCUGUGGCAGUGUCGUUCCUCUCUGGUAAAGUUGUGUACAUCUCAUCCCAGGCGGCCUCUCUGCUGCGCUGUAAACCUGAAAGGCUGCAAGGGGCGCUGUUUUCAGAGCUGCUCGCGCCUCAGGAUGUCAGCACCUUUUACAGCAGCACCGCGCCCAGCCGCCUGCCGCCAUGGUCCUCCUGCGCAGGCACCACUUCACAGGUGGACUGUGCCGAGGAAAAGUCGAUGUUUUGUCGGAUCAGCAGAGGUAGAGACAGUGAUGGAGAAGUAAAGUAUUACCCCUUCCGUCUCACGCCAUAUCAGCUGACCCUGAGGGACUCCGACACGUCCCAACCUGAGCCCUGCUGCCUCCUCAUCGCUGAGAAAGUUCAUUCUGGCUACGAGGCACCUCGUAUUCCAGCAGACAAAAGAAUUUUUACCACCAGUCACACCCCAAACUGUCUGUUCCAAGAAAUUGAUGAAAGGGCAGUGCCAUUACUUGGUUACUUGCCUCAGGACUUGGUUGGGAAACCGGUGCUUAUUUACCUGCAUCCAGAAGACAGACUUCUUAUGGUGGCCAUUCACAAGAAAAUUCUCCAGUUUGCAGGGCAGCCGUUUGACCACUCGCCCCUGCGUAUGCGUGCACGAAGUGGGGAGUACCUGACCCUCGACACCAGCUGGUCAUCCUUUAUCAACCCCUGGAGCAGGAAGGUGGCUUUCAUAGUGGGGCGGCACAAAGUUCGAACUAGUCCAUUGAACGAGGACGUGUUCACUGCCCCGGAGGGCGAGGAGGUGAAAACCAUGUCCCCAGAUGUGCCGCAGCUGAACGAGCUGAUCCACAGGUUCUUGGUGCAGCCCAUUCACGGUGGCAGCUCACAGGGGUACGGAAGCCUGGGCAGCAGCGGCUCACACGAGCACCACCAAAGUGCCGCUUCCUCCUCUGAGAGUAACGGACAUGCUUCUGAGGACCAGAUCAAGCCUAGGAAACCAAUGACAUUUGAGCAGAUUUGUCAAGACAUGCACAUGGUAAAGGCCAGUGGACAGCAGGUCUUCAUUGAAUCCCGAAACCGACCACCAGCUCUCAAACAGGGUAGCUUAGAAGCACUGGCAAAGGCAGCAGACACAGCAGAGGCCUCUACUAGAGAAGGUCUGGCAGGUUUAGCACUGUCCAGUCCACCCAGGAUGGAGCUGCCCACCACCUACUCAUACCAGCAGAUCAACUGUCUGGACAGCAUUAUACGAUAUCUGGAGAGCUUUAAUGUCCCUGGUACAGUGAAGAGGAAGUGUGGCUCAUCUUCCUGUACAACCUCUUCUACCUCUGACGAUGAUAAGCAAAGGGAUAGGGAUGGAGGUGGAGCAACCGAAGACAUAGCAGAGACUCAUGUGGUGACUGAGGGGUCAAAGGUUGUCCCUGCAGCACCAGGACACCCCCUAACCCCUCUGGCUCUGCACUGCAAGGCAGAAAGCGUUGUCUCUGCCACUUCCCAGUGCAGUUUCAGCAGCACCAUCGUUCACGUUGGUGACAAGAAGCCACCUGAAUCAGACAUUGUUAUGAUGGAGGAGCCACCAACUACCCCAACACCUUCCACAUCAGCUCCACUCACUGCUGUUGCCUCUCCCAUGCCCGUGAACCCUCAGCAGACCUCGUCCCCCACUGCUGCUGUUCCUGAGAAAGAAAAGGAGAAGGAGAGAAGAGGUGGAACAAGUGCAGGAAAGGGCCUUACGAAGGCGGUGUUAUCCACACAUACCCAGCAAGAAGAGCAAGCCUUCCUCAACCGUUUUAGAGACGUCAGCCAGCUGCGGAUGGUCCAACCCAGCGGGCCACCACAGCUCAGAAGCACGUCUACACCUGGGACAAAAGUUGUGAAUAGCUCCCAGAACUAUCCUUCUGUGGGUAACGGCAACAGUCGUCGGCAUGGCAGAGGUGGGAAAAGGCGGAAACACCAAGUAGAUGGCAACAUUCCGGACAUUCCCUCCCUCUCUGGAUCUGGUCCCUAUAGAGGAUCUAAUCCUGCAGCAAUCAGACCCAACAUCCCCUCAGUCCAGCACUCUUCCACAUCUUGGCCACCACCUGCAGCAUCCCAGACCAGUGGUGCUCCCAUGAUGACCUCCUUUCCACCAGGCUACAUGCCCAUGUUUCCCAUUUCGUCACCCUUCUUGAUGCCUCAGAUGGGAACGGAUCCUUCCUUGCAAGCAGGAGUCCCUAGGUUCCCCAUGCAAGGCUUUCCUCCAGUGAUGCCACCAGUCAUGACCUUCAUGAUGCCCAACUAUAUGUUUCCACAACUUGGUAAUCCAGGACCACAGUUGAACCCAGCCAACUUGCAGCUCAGUGGGCAAAUGCCCGCCCAGAUGAACCCCUUGGGCCAGUUCCCUUGCUCUAUUGUUCAAAUGAACCCUGGUGAUCAAUCGUUCAAUCCUGCAAUAGGGCAAUUCAAUCCAUUGGGCUCUCAAAUGAAUCCCACUAUGCCUGCAGUGAUUCCCCAGCAGUUCUACAACCCAAAUCCUCCGUUCAUUUUCCCCAAUUCUCCAUCAAUGCCAGCAGGAAAUGCCAACACUACAACACAUGGACAGUCUCGUUCUAGCACACCCCAGUCCACCGGGCAACAGGCUGGUGAGAGGGAAGGGGCAGGAUCCCCUCUGUUUCAGUCCCGAUGCUCCUCCCCACUCAAUCUUCUACAACUUGAGGAAUUGCCUAGCAACAGAACAGAUGCUACGCAACAGACUCCACCCCCAGGAGGUGGCGCAACACAAGGGGGCGGGAUUGUGGUGCAGAAUUCCAGCAAUCGCAGCAACACCAAAGAUGCCAAACUAAACAACAGCCAUGAAGUCAAUGAGUCCAACCAGGAUGCCAUGUCGACCUCCAGUGACAUGCUGGACCUACUGCUGCAAGAGGAUUCCCGCUCAGGCACUGGCUCCGCCGCCUCAGGCUCUGGGUCGUCUGGGUCUGGGUCUGGGUCAUUCGCCUCUGGAUCGAAUGGGUGUAGCACAUCUGGAAGUGGCACAUCUGGAAGUGGCACAAGGAGCAGUAAUACUAGCAAGUACUUUGGAAGCAUUGACUCGUCAGAGAAUGAUCACACUCAUAAACCAGCAUCUGGAGAUCUGGAAGGGGAACAGUUCAUAAAGUUUGUCCUGCAGGACCCCAUCUGGCUCCUCAUGGCCAACACAGAUGACAAGGUCAUGAUGACAUACCAGAUUCCCAUCAAAGACAGAGAUUCGGUACUGAAAGAAGACAGAGACGCCCUGAAAGCUGUUCAGAAACAUCAGCCUCACUUUACUGAAGAGCAGACGAAAGAGUUAACUCAGGUCCACCCAUGGAUUCAAACCGGCUGCCUACCAAAAGCCAUCAACAUUACAUCUUGCACAGGAUGUGAAUCUCCCCCAGAUUCCUCGAUUCUUCCUCCAUUCGAUUUGGACUUUCAUGAGAUGGAUCUCAGCAUGGUUUUGAGAGAAGAGGCCAAACAAGAUAAACUUACCACUGCAGAAACAGCCUUUCCCUUGAGCCCCCCUUCAUCUGAUAAUGAACAGAAAGACAAUCAGGCCAGCUCGAGCACUUAGGAGUGGGCCAUGGAGGAGGUGGAAGUGACAUCAUCAGUGAAGGUGAAGCGGGACUGCAGACUGCUGGACAGUGAUUGGUUGUAUUCCUGCCUCAUAGACUUUCAGGACCAAGCUGAAUUGGGACCAAACUGAAAGUGUGAAAGAUUUAUGGUCUUUUAUCCUCUCAGAUGAUGUCAGUUCAAUCAGUAUAUCAAUGGCUUAUUUUUACAUCAUUCUUUGAAAUUACACAUAAUUUGUAGCUUCAUAACCAGGCUUCUGAACAAUAGAAAGAAGGGAAUAAAAGACUUCCUUUUAUUUUUAUAGCUUAAAAGGAAUAUGCUUUGAGAUGUUGCACCUGUUGCACGUGGAUGUUAGAGGAACAUUGUUGCACUAUAUUCUGCUUCCAGGUUCUUAUAAUUAUUCAUGAGGCCGCCUGGCCUUAUCCUAUGACAGGCACUGUUUCACAAUUAUUCAAGUAGUUCUUCAAACUGUGAGUUGAGUUUAUAGAAUAAUGGACAGCUGGACCAGGAAUUUACAGGUUAAUUUCACAUAUGUUUGAAAUAAGACAAGUCUGACACUCAAAGCUCUUUUUUACAGACACUAUGUGUCAGUUUUCUAACAGUUCUCAGCGGUUUCCAGGAAUUAUGGACAAGCGGAUGGGAAAAUUGUUUCCACUCUGACCCUAAAAGUUUGCUGGUCUGUAACCAGGAACUUGAUUAUUUUGAGGAAAUGUUGACUUCUUUGAUAGUAACGUUGCUUUUCAGUCUGUUGCUUUUAAUUUUAUUACAUCUGUGACAGGCUCCAGUUCUUCUGGUGGAGAACUGGGUCUACCACCGAAACUAUUUUGGUGGAAAAGGAGCCAGAAACAUCCAGAAACAUCUAAUCAUGUUGCCAAUGCAUUGCAAGCACGUUGUCCCAUUGUAUGAUAGUUACUUUCAAAUGUUUGUAUAUAUUGUGGUUUAGAAUUGCAAUCUUAGACAAUCAGAAUACGACGACACAAAAAAUUUAUUUUGCUUAGCAAAACCAUUUGCGUUCACGUACUUGCAUUAAGUAUGUUCCGGUCCAUGGUUUCAGCAUCACAAAUGGAAUUCUUUUCUGGUAGUGUUAAAAGAUUUAUUUAUUUGAUCAUAUUCAAAUAACUGGAUAUAGUUUACAAAAUGAUGUAUUUGAAGGUGUUUUUGAUACAAUUAAGUCCAUAACAUGUAAAUAAAUAACUGGCGGAGAAUUGUGUUGUGACCGUUCAUUUGCACUUAUUUUGAAGAUAGAUUUAUUUAAUACUAAAAGCCCUUGACAAUCCCUUUGUUUCACUAGAUGAUCCAUAGAAGCACAAGGAUAUGUGUACUAUUUUUAGCAUCCAAUGUCUUGUUCUUGUUCAGUUUUGUUUGCGCGGGUUUUUCAAAAGUCUUUCUGUGAAAGCAGACAGGCCCAAUCAGUUUACAUGCAGUACAGUUCUGUUUAAAGCUUCUGUUGAAUGUGCAGGAAUUGUAAAUUGAUUUUGUACAUUUGCCAGACCUUGAUUCAACAAUUUUUACUCAAACAUGCUUGAAAAAUGUAUUUUUCUGCUUUUAAACAAAAAAAAUAAAUGUUAUGUUUAUAGUAA